CAACAGCCCAGCCACUUCAUGAUGGACUCCAUUUCUAGACCAGUUACUGAGUUUUGCCUUGACCUCUACAAUAAGCUCAACAGAAACGCAGAGGACACAAACAUAGUCUUCUCUCCAAUGAGCAUCUCUGUUGCGCUGGCCCUGGUCUGUCUAGGUGCAAAAAACAACACUGCUGCUCAGAUAGAAAAGGUGCUCCAUGUCAGGAAAGCUGCAGGAAGAAUGAGCCUUGGGUCUGAUCUUGAGAGCGCAGCCCCAGAGAUGGAGCCAGAGCGAAGCCAGGAGGGACAGUCUUCCCUCCCCCAGUGUAACAAGGAUGGGGACCUUGACCAUAAAGCAUUCCAGGCACUGCGUUUACAACUACAAAACCUUGGUGAAAGAUAUGUUUUAACCCUGGCCAACAAUCUCUUUAUACAACAAGGAUUUGAACUCCAGCACAAAUUUCUAAUGUGCACUAAGGAACUGUAUGGAGCAAUGCUGCAAACAGUGGACUUUCAUGGUGCUGUGGAUGCUGCCAGAAUAAAAAUUAAUGCUUGGGUUGAAAGUGAGACACAAGGUAAAAUCAAGGAACUCUUUGCUCCUGGUGUGAUCGAUGCACAUGCAUUGCUGGUGCUAGUGAAUGCAAUCUUCUUCAAAGCAUCCUGGGAAUACAAGUUUGAGGAACAAAAAACAGUACAGAAAGAUUUUAAACUGAAUCAGAAUGAGAAAAAAAGUGUGCAGAUGAUGUAUCAGAAAGGCACAUUUAAAUUUGGCUACAUUGAGGAGAUGGGUGCUCAGGUCCUUGAGCUCCCUUAUGCUCAGAAGUCACUGAGCAUGAUCAUCCUGCUGCCAGGUGACAUGGCUGAUGGAUCUACCAGUGGGCUGAAGCAGAUUGAAAGCACAAUGACCUAUGAAAAUUUAAUGCUGUGGGCGGCUUCCGAGCACAUGUUUGAGACAACAGUGGAGGUAUACCUCCCCCGAUUCAAGCUUGAAGGCACCUUUAACCUCAAUGAGGUAUUACAAGAGAUGGGGAUGACUGACAUCUUCACUGAAUCAAAAGCUGAUCUUUCUGCAAUGUCGUUUGCAAAAUCCCUGGUGCUGUCAAACGUUGUCCAUAAGACGUAUGUGGAAGUCAAUGAGGAAGGCACCACAGCAGCAGCUGGUACAGGAGCUGUCAUUGUGAGGAGGUCCCUUCCUCUCACAGAGGUGUUUAUGGCUGAUCACCCUUUCUUAUUCUUUAUUAGACACAAUCCCACUAAUGCCAUUCUUUUCUUUGGCAAACUCUGCUCACCUUAA